GCGGCCACGCUGGAGCGCGCCCGAGCCAUGACGACGGCAAUGGAUCGCAUUGCUCAAAUGGCGGCGAACGUAAUGGAUAGCAUCGCUCUAAUGGCGGCGACAGCUGUGCCCGUUCACAAAAUGGCGGCCGCGUCGGAGCGCGUCCACACAAUGGCGGCAACGGCGGAGCCCGUUCACAAGAUGGCGGCGAUCACAGAGCUCCGUCACGUCACAGCUGCCAUACAAGAGCCGUUUAAAGGUCCCAGUCUAUUAUGCGGGUUCCUGCUCAGCCCUGGUGGGCCCUGGCGCCUCCUGUUCCGCCCUGGAGGGCCUCGGCGCCUCCUGUUCCGCCCUGGAGGGCCUCGGCGCCUCCUGUUCCGCCCUGGAGGGCCUCGGCGCCUCCUGCUCUGCCUCCGGUUCCGUCCUGGAAGGUCCCGGUGUCUCCUGCUCUGCCUCCGGCUCCGCCCUGGAGGGCUCCUGCGCCUCCUGCUCUGCCUCCGGCUCCGCCCUGGAGGGCUCCUGCGCCUCCUGCUCUGCCCUGGAGGGCUCCGGUGCCUCCUGUUCCGCCUCCGGCGGCGCCCUGGAGGGCCCCUGUGUCUCCUGCACCGCCUCCGGCUCCACCCUGGUGGGCUCCUGCUCUGUCGGUCCUGCCCCAGUCACCUGGUCCUCUGCACGGACCUGGCCCUCCAGCCCUUGCCCUGUCUCACCCCCGCCCCACCGCUCCGCUGGAAUAUGGUUCGUUUGUAGCGUCUGGAAGCCGCUCUUUGGGAGGGGGCUAUGUUACGAAUCUGGUCGGUGAGCUGCGGACCGCUCACCACCAGAUGUCGCUCUCCCUCUGUUUACACACUCUGACUGUUGCACUACACCCCGGACUCCAUUCCCCAUCAGCCAUUGCACUACACCCCCGUCCAAUCAGAGACAGUAUAAAAGCCCCGAUCUUUCUGUCACUCACCGCCGAGUAUUGUACUGUGUUUAUCUGGUCAUACGAAGCGUUUCUCUGUGUUCAUCCCGUGUCGUGUCUUUCUGUUAUUCUGGCUCCUCGUCUGGUUUGUCUCGACCCCCCGCCUGUUUAUCGACUACUCUCUGCCUAGCCCUUAUACACCUGUCUGCUCCUGUCUGACCACGCCUGCCUUGACCAUGUCUCUGUCCAAAUCCUUCAAUAAAAGCGUGCAAAUGGA